AUGAAGAAUGGAUCAAUACGUUUUGGAAAGCAUACGAAAAAUGCUUUGUUUCACAGCUGGGUCAACAUACUGUUAGUAUUCGUGCCUAUCGGCAUCGCUUCGAAACCAGCACAUCUCUCGCCAGAGAUCAUCUUCUCCAUGAACGCUAUUGCAAUUAUUCCUUUAGCUGGGUUGCUCGCGCACGCUACCGAAGCAGUUGCAGCAAGGCUUGGAGACACCUUGGGGGCAUUGCUCAACGUCUCUUUUGGAAAUGCUGUAGAGCUUAUCCUAUUCAUCAUUCUGUUGGCUGGCAACCAGAUUCGGGUUGUCCAGGCUGCGCUGCUUGGUUCAAUUCUAGCAAAUCUGCUUUUGAUUCUAGGAAUGGCCUUCGUUGCUGGUGGUCUACGCUACCAAGAGCAGAUCUAUAACAGCUCCGUCACCCAGAUGAGCGCUUGCAUGCUUAGUUUAGCUGUCAUGAGUCUGCUACUACCAACCGCAUUCCAUGCGGCUUUCUUAAGCUAUUCUAAGGCUGACCAGCAGACCCUUUACGUCAGUCGAGGCACGAGCGUGGUGUUGCUGAUCGUCUACGUCUUGUAUCUCUUAUUUCAGCUCAAGAGCCACAGCUAUUUAUAUGCUAGUACACCUCAGCACAUAAUUGACGAGGAGUCACACCCAGGCGUGCUCGCGGGUGUCCUCGACCCCUCCCACUCGUCCGAUUCGUCUUCAGACUCGAGCAGCAUCGACAGCGAUAGCACAACCGGGUCCGAUACUACCGCAAAGCGUAUCAAACGCGUAUUCAAGCAUCGCAAGCGCCGUAUGUCCGGCGCUACCUUCAAAGACACGCCCUCAGCACCUCCAGUCACAAGCUCACCUUCGGCUGAGCAUCUUAGGACCCGAUUUAACUGGCAGCGGAAUGGCUCUGCCCACGAUCACACGAUCCAUUCUAACACCCUGUCCCGACGUAACUCGUUUCUGAACGCUUCCAUGAGCGGAGACGAGACGGACACCAAUGAUGGCCACGUUCCUGUUGUCCGUGACUUUGAGGCCGAUUCAUCCCGCUCGCCACCCAAGGGCAAGAAGCGGAAGUCAAACCACAAGAGGAAAACCCGAAAGCAUGGCGAUCAGCAAGCAGAGGACGAGGAAGCCGCACCAGGUCCAUCUUCUCGCCAGCCAGAGCCCUCGCCCAAAGUUGCUUUCGCUGACGAGGUUCAGCAGCCUGCAUCUGCCUCGCCAGCUAGACGAGCGUUUGCACUCAAGCCAGCCCUGCCAGCUUUUCUGUCCAAUAACGUUUUCAACAAUCCUCAGAACCUACCUCCUCCAACUGGUGUGCCGGCCCUAAGUAAUGUUCGUAUGGCUGGACCGAGAACGGUGCAUCGGACAAUGUCUUUACCUGAGCGUACCAGCCGCGUGCCUUCUCAGUUGAGCUGGAAGAACAACAAUAACAGUCGACCCGAGCUUUUGCACAACGAUUCCCCAGCUUUGACUACAGUUACUCACGAGUCCGUAAAAGAGGAGGAGCCUCAAGUCAUGUCCCGUACUGCUGCCGUUAUGAUGCUACUUAUUACUACGGGCUUGGUCGCUGUCUGCGCUGACUUUAUGAGCGAUGCUAUCGAGCCUAUGGUAGAGAAGACUGGUAUCAGUCAGGCAUUCAUCGGACUUAUCAUCCUACCUAUCGUUGGUAAUGCUGCAGAGCAUGUCACAGCCGUAACGGUUGCCGCAAAGAAUAAAAUGGAUCUUGCCAUCGGUGUUGCAGUUGGCUCGUCUAUUCAGAUCGCCAUCUUUAUCACCCCUUUCAUUGUCAUCCUCGGUUGGAUCUUAGCCAAGGAUAUGUCGCUAUACUUCAACAUCUUCGAGACGGUCGCACUCUUCGUCACUGCCUUUGUGGUCAACUUCUUGGUUCUCGACGGGAGGAGCAACUAUUUAGAGGGAAGCCUGUUGAUCGCGGCAUAUGUCAUCAUUGCUCUGGCUUCUUUCUUCUACCCGGAAGGCUGCGAUGCUUCUCAGAUCGGCGGCCAGGAGGGUACUUGCUAA